UGCCUCCUUGUGCUUGUGGGCUGUGUGUGUUUAUAUGUGUGUGUGUGUGUGUGUGUGUGUGGUUUCUCUCAGCCUUGUAAGAAUGCCACCCGCCUGCCUGCUCCUGCUGUUGCUGCGGCUCUGACUUGCUUUUUUGCUCCCUCUUUCCUCUCUCUUCUCUUCCUGCUUAGCUCCUUGCCUUCUGACACUACUUCCAGUAUGGAGACUAAUCACUCUGAACAGCUCUCAACUGAAGAGUCAAUUCUGCCAGGAGACAGUUCAUCAUCACCUAAUCAAAAUGGCCUGGGGAAGCAAAAUGGUCAGGAUUCCUCAACCUCGCUCCAAGAACCAGAGCAGGCAACAAGUGUGCACCCUGUAAAGGGAGCUCAGGAUAUCUCCGAAGAGUUGAAUCGACAACUGGAAGACAUUAUUAACUUGUAUGGAUCUGCUGCCAGUACAAUAGGAAAAGAAGGCUCUGCCAAAACACAGGAGCAGCCUGAAAAUGCAGAGGCACCUGACAAUGAGGAUGGGGACUGUGAGGAAACCAAUGAAGAGGCCGAAAGAGAACCCCUUGCUUCUGAAGAACCAUCCAUAGUCAAAGAACCUGUUGGCAAUAAAGAGCAAAAAUUGGAAAAGAAAAUCCUAAAAGGAUUAGGCAAAGAAGCCAACUUGCUAAUGCAAAAUCUGAACAAGCUACAGACACCUGAAGAAAAGCUUGAUUUUUUACUCAAGAAGUAUGCUGAAUUGCUGGAUGAACAUCGCACAGAGCAAAAGAAGUUAAAGGUCCUACAAAAGAAACAGAUGCAAAUCCAGAAAGAAAAGGACCAAUUACAAAGCGAACACAGCAGAGCUAUCCUGGCUCGGAGCAAACUGGAGAGUCUGUGCCGAGAGCUGCAGAGACACAAUAAGACACUGAAGGAGGAAACCCUCCAGCGGGCACGUGAGGAAGAAGAGAAAAGGAAGGAGAUCACAAGUCAUUUUCAAACUACCCUGACAGAUAUCCAGGCACAGAUAGAGCAGCAGAGUGAGCGAAAUAUGAAGCUCUGUCAGGAGAACACAGAGCUUGCAGAAAAACUGAAAAGCAUCAUUGAUCAGUAUGAGCUCAGAGAGGAGCACCUGGACAAAAUAUUUAAACACAGAGAACUGCAGCAGAAGCUGGUGGAUGCAAAACUUGAGCAGGCACAAGAAAUGAUGAAGGAAGCAGAGGAGCAACAUAAACGAGAAAAGGAAUAUUUACUGAACCAGGCAGCAGAGUGGAAACUUCAGGCCAAAGUGCUGAAGGAACAAGAGACAGUGCUACAGGCUCAGCUUACUCUCUACUCUGGAAGGUUUGAAGAGUUCCAGAGCACGCUUACAAAAAGCAAUGAAGUGUUCGCCACUUUUAAGCAGGAAAUGGAUAAAACAACCAAGAAAAUGAAAAAGCUGGAAAAAGACACAGCCACGUGGAAAGCCCGAUUUGAGAACUGUAACAAAGCCCUAUUGGACAUGAUUGAAGAGAAAGCACUGAGAGCUAAGGAAUAUGAGUGUUUCGUGAUGAAAAUCGGGAGGCUGGAGAAUCUCUGUCGCGCUUUACAAGAAGAGAGAAACGAACUCUAUAAAAAAAUCAGAGAAGCCAAAGUGUCUGAACAGGAGGACCAAAGUCAGCAUAGUUCCGACGAAGAGCCAGAGGCAAAUGUCUCUGUGGAUCGAGAGAGAGAUGCAGAGGAAGCCAACAGUGUUCAAAACGCUGUGGCAAACCUGGCUGCAGCCUUCCAGGUAAUUCACCACCCGGAGUCCAACCUCCAGCAGUCGGAGGCAUUGCCUUCAGCACUGGGCGGGCCUCGGGGCAGCGGUGGCUCCGCCCCUCUGGAGCUGGAAGCGCUCCCUCCGCUCCUUCUCGGGGGUUCAACUGACCCGCGGCCUCCUCCAGUCCCUCAGGCUGAGGCCCAAGGUGGUGAGGAGGCAAAGCCUGCCCCUGAGGUCAGUAAUCCCUUGACCCAGGCGGGAGCAGAACCCCGAGCUCAGAGUCUCCCCGAGGAGCCUCAGGCUGCUGAGCUGCCCCGGAAAUCAGGGGUCGGAGCUUCCGGUCAGGCCUCACAGGCCGUAUCCGAGGCCUCCCCGCGCAGGGUGGAAGCAGAGGGUUCCGCUCCACCACCUCCAGCCAAGGUGCAAGCUCCAGCAGGGCCGCCUGGGUGUGAGCCCAGCGAGCAGCCCCUGCCUGCAGCCUCAGAGGAGCUGGGCCCCGGGGCCCCGGCCCGACUCCAGCUGCCCACGGUGGCCGACACCAACCUGGAACCAGUAAACUGAGCCUCAUCGGCCCUCGGAAGCCGUUCUUUCCGACCUUACAUCUUCACCAUAUCCCACUGUCUCUGAAAAACAUACCAUUAGUAAAAAACAUACCAUUAAUAAAUUUAUAUUGUUUCCCUAUUAAGAUGGUACAUAGUUCAAUUUUUUAGUGAACAGGAAGAUUUGGUGUUUAAAGACUCCCACUACAAGAUCUAAAUAUUGACAAUGUGAGGUUAUAUUUAUUUCUACGUAUAGUGCAAAUUCCUUAGUAAUUAGUGGAUGUCUAGGUUCCAUUUAAACUGUGUACAUAAAGUAUAAAUAUAUUCAUAUAUAAAUGUGUGACCAUAUACAUAUGUGUACAUACACAUCUAUAUAUUUUAUAUAAAUGUAUAUGUUACACAUGUAUUUCACCCCUUAUGGAUUUCCCCCUAUGCAAAUUAUGUAGAUGCUAAUCAAAAAAUUCUCUUAUUUGCACUUGGGACUACAGUAGAUUCAGAACAUAGAUAUUUAGGUCAUCAUUACUGUUGGUCAAAAACAACUAAUCCUAUGUUAGAUCCAUAAGUUCAACCAACUGAUCAAAUGACAGAAUAGCGGUUGUGCAGAGUGCAUUGACUCAAAGAUGAUCACAAGAGACCCCAACACCAAACGGAAAGAAUCACAACUGUGGGUGAUUCAUCUCUCCCAGCUGCUUCUCCUAGAAUCCUCAGCCAGAUGCCUCACCCUCCUGCAACACACACACACCAGGUGGGGAGGCAACCCUCUCCUGACUAACUGCAAGAAAAGGGAAGUGGGAAAAGGAGCUAGGAAUGAGGGAUGAUGUUAUCUCAGACUGAGGAGAGACUGCCCUGGUCCUUUUCCCCACUACUGUCUCAAGACAGAAUAUUCCCUUCUUGGCUGUCUCAGACCCAUUGUAUAUUUUCAAAGCAUCUGUUCCUUCCUUCUAAUUCCCUCUAUUGUAGCAGAAAAUUCUGCCUAGCCUUCAUCUCAACCAAUGCUAAAUGAAACUAUUAUUUUUCUAAGACAAAAAUCCACACAGGAUUUCUAAAUAUGAGUGAUGAGGCUUAAGAGCCAAUGCAUUUUCUGCUUUGAAUGGUUUUCAGCAACAAUGAAGUAAGAAAGAAGAAAGGGAGGGAGGAAGAAGGAAGAGAAGGAAAGGGGGAGACUUCAGGGAGGAAAGAAAGAUGUCUAACCCAUUCCUACCUUCAGAGUUAAACUCAAGAGGAAAAAUGGAUAAAAACAGGAUUCUCUACUACUCAUUCAGGAACUCAUUCUUCACUAUCACAUAUGGCUGUUUGCCAAAGCCCACAAAGAGCUUGUAAGCUGCAGCCAUAUGUUACAAGAAUUGUAAACUGCAUAAAAAAUUGUUUGAAGUAGGCAGUGAGGGUAAUAACAGAAAUGCUAGUCAGGGAUAGAAAAAUCAGGAGAAAAGCAUGUUGCUAUUUGAGAACCCAUGUGCUUUUAAAGGCUUAGAAUAUUAAAACCACAGGGGUAUCCAGCCAAAUUCAACAUUACUAGAAAUUAAACAUGCAUUUAAUUCAGAGCCAAAUAUUCACCAUAACAAUCCAGGAGGGUCUUUCCUUUCCAUCUGCUUACAGAGACUGAACUUCUAAGAACAGAGUAAGAUCAGAUAGUUAAAGAAAAAUAUCAAUCUGAAUGUUUAGCAAAAGAAAUAGACAGAUGUGCCAAAAUCAUCAAAUAUUCUAAAACAUCCUAAGUUCAUUAUUUUCAUCCAAAAGGUUUUCAUAAUAACAUAUUACUCACUAUUGUGUAUCAAAUAUAAUAACUUGCUAGAAAUAUGUAAUGCUUAAUAUAGGCUUUGGGAGAAUUAUUUUAAUAUUCAAAGAAUGUCUUAUUAUAGAUCUUUGUGUUAGAAUUUGGUCUUACUAAUCAUAACAAUAAUUCAUAAGAUAUGAAAGCAGAAUAAAUUCCUAUUCUUUAUUAACUUAAUGUAACUAUUUUUAGAAAUGCGCAUCUACUUUCUAGAAAUGCAAGAGUCAUUGGUGUUUUCUAAAUUAAAUUGCAUAAUUUAUAUGUCUAUUAAAAAUGUAUUUCUCUUCCCAAA